UCAGUAGAAGUUUUUCCCAUCUGCGUUCUGGAAGGUCUAUCCGCUGUGGCUCACUCCAGUAGGUAUGCUUGGUCCGUUGUGAAAGUUUCAGGUCCUGGAGACUCAAACUGAUGCCUGGAGCUUUGCUUUUAUUGUACGCAGCGCUUAGUGUUAGCGAGCUAUAUACGGAGCUAUGGGAACUCCGUUGGCACCCCGGACAGAUGUGUUCGUCGUAUCCACGGUCCCUUCCAUAUUUCUCCAGAUCGACAUGGCUGCAUAGCCGACGGUCGAUCGCGCCUGCAUAUCUGACAUACGGAUGCCGAUACGAGCCAUCUCCUCGUAACAGUACGCCAUGGUCUCAGCAGAAGCACGUCGUCCUUCCUAUCCGAGGAGGACGGGGAUCCCCAUGUCCGCCACGGGUGUCCGGAAGCCUUCGGAUCUCCUAUGAUGAUAUAUUCGAGGACGCUGUCGGUCUUUCGUAUAGUGUCGUGAAAUCGUCAAAGUAGGGCAUCCAGGACGGGCCAGUUGUCCAGGUCGUUGGAGGAGGUGGGUGUGUUCCUCCAGAGCUA